GGAGUGGCUGUGGCUGUGGUUUCUCUGCACCGUACAAACCGCGAUGGCUGUCACACGCAGUGGACCCCGCGUUGUGGGUGGCACGGAGACGAGCAUCGGCCAGGUGCCGUAUCUGGUGUAUAUUCGGCAGGGAGGCUCCUUCCUCUGCGGCGGGUCCCUGCUCUCACCCACCGUCGUGCUCAGUGCGGCGCACUGCGUGUAUGGGGCACAGCCCGAAGACUACACGGUCCACGCCGGAGCCAGUCGGCUGGACGAAGCCUCGCCCGUGGUGCGCGGCGUGGCCAGCUUCCGCCUCUCGUCCAGCUACUCUCCAACCAAUUUCGACAUGGACGUGGCCCUGCUGCAACUGAGGGAGCCCGUUCCUCUCUCCGCUGGCAGAGUGGCGACCAUUGCUGCAUGCCGCAACCCACCGGCCAGCAAUGCCUAUGCCAGGAUCAGCGGCUGGGGAGUGACGCGCGAGAACAACCGAAAACCCGCCGUCCAGGUCCGUACGGCCUUGGUGCGGAUGCUGCCCGGCGCAGAGUGCCGGCUGUCUUACGCCGGAGUGGCCAAGCUAAGUGAUUCCAUGAUAUGCGCCUCGGUGCGCGGCCUCAGGGACUCGUGCUCCGGCGACUCGGGCGGUCCGCUCGUGUAUCGCGGCCAGGUAUGCGGCAUUGUCUCCUGGGGAUUCGGUUGCGCCCGCCUGGUCUACCCGGGAGUGUACACCAGUGUGGCCAGUGCCCGUGUGCGCUCAUUUAUCGAGAGAACGCUGCAGGAGAUUGGCGGCUAGAGUUUUUUUAGGGAUUCUCCCAUCCCCCCGGCAAGGUCAGUAAAAGUGUGCAGAUAUGAGAGGGAGUCAGUUCGAGCCGGGCUUCAAUUUCAAUUCGAAUUCCAUUUGGCUGAUGAACUCGUCGCGAUAAUCCAGACAAAAUGCUUUGAUUGAAGUAAUUAUUAUU